GCGGACGGCGCGCCCCGCUCCCGCCAGAAGCGCCUGCUGUGGGUCACCAACGACGGGCGCCUCGCCCUGCCGCCCGGCACGGCGCUCACCAUCACCCCCACCAUCAGCAUGCCCUUCGUGCGCUACCCGCCCGACGGCUUCCUCUCCAACAUGUCCAUCAGCUUGCCCUUCACGAUCGUGUUCGACAAGCUGGGCCUGACGGACAACGAGAACCCCUACGGCGUGCUGCCGGCCAUCCUGGGGCGGUCGCUGUCCCGGACGGCGGGGGAGGCGGUGGCGGACUACAUCGGGGAGCUGCUGUCGCACCGGAGGAGGACGAGGGAGGCGGGCACGCCGCUGCCCAUCCCGACGCGGCCCUCCGGCGUCAACCUGCACGGCGGCGAAAGGGCGCUGCUGUACACCAUCGUCGAGGACCUGCUGGACAACUUCGGCAUGGACGGCAAGGCGUGCCUGCUCAGGGCCAUCUGCGAGGUCCACGGCCGCUCCGCCGAGUCCAUGCGCAGCCUGGGCGUCAUCGGGGAGAUGCUCCAGCUGUUCCUCACGGCGAGCAAGUCGCCGUACUCGGGCCAGAUCUCCGAGUACGUCGAGGCGGAGCGGGCGGGCGCGGGGGACGGCGAGUGCUGGCCCUACUUCCGGGACUGCCCCAAGUCUAUCUUCCUGCCGCCGAGGAAGAGCAUGUAUGCCCCACCGGACGACCCCGCCGCCACCCCCUCGGCCGAAGAGCGGACCCAGCCGGGCGCGGAGGCCACGGAGGCCCUGCUGCACGGGAACGUCGUCAUGUGAUCGACGCUCUGCUCCGCUCCGCGGGACGGGCCUCGCGCCUCGCACCGCCCCCGCGGACCCCUCCGGGACGCGCCUAGUCCCUAGUCCACGGACGAUAGUCUAGUCAGCAGUCUGCACUAGAGAGCCUUUCUAGUGCCCCCCCCCCCUUUUUCCAGUCGCGAAGGUCAAGACGAGUCGCGGUCCAGCCCCAACCGCCCCUCCGUACUUCCCUGAAAGACAUCCGACGACCCCCUGGCCUCUGGCAAGGCCUCUGGCCACCGACCCGCCCCCGACUGCUUUUUCUCUGUAGCGUAGUUGUUGUGAACGCAGCGCGUCACCCCAGGCGAGACCAUUAGGCUAGAUCGAGCGUCAUCGUCAUUGUCAUUGCGAGGUUCUGUUUGCAGCCACAGCCAUGAUAGCCAUGCGGUGCUGCGAGGAACAGUCAGGCUGCAAUCGGCCUCUUUCUCCAGCAUCCCUCUUAGCUUUAUCUCCCGCUCCGGCGGCCAAUCAUGUUGUAUAUUUUCUUAGGUAAACUAUUUAUGUAAUUUUUAAAAAAGAUCAGUUUGUGUGGAAGGCAUAUUUUUUAAGCAAUAAAAAUACGACUGAUGUGA